AGAGUACGCUCGUUGAAAUGCUAAAAAUCUCUACUCAGAAAAAACUGAUCUCUGUUUCAUCUUCCCAUCAAAAGCGCAGAGAUUAGAUUUUGGAAUCGCCGACUUUCAGUUUCAGACCCAAAAACAAAAAAAAAUUAAAAAAAAAAAAUGAGUUACCAGAGAGUCCACGAAGAACCCUAUCCUCCACCUCCUCCAGGUUACGGAUCUCCAUACCCUCCACCGCCGGGAUACCCACCCCCUCCGGGGCCGGCGCCACCGCCUCCGGGAUAUCCGGGAUACCCACCACCGCCGCGUCCUCCUCCUCCGUACGAAGGGUACCAGGGUUAUUUCGCCGAAGGAUAUCCACCACCGCCUCCUCCUCCUCCUGGACCUCCUCCGCCUCAAUUCCAGCACUAUCACUACGAGCACCACCGUGACGACGACGACGGUUGUUCCUCUUUCUUACGUGGCUGUUUGGCUGCUCUUUGCUGCUGUUGUGUUUUGGAGGAAUGUUGCUUCUGAUGACUUGAUGCAUGAAUUACGUAUUAAGUUACGUAUUAAGUUUACCUUUGUUUUCUUGCUAUCGCGUGCUGGAGGACUGCACUUGAAGCUUUAUGAUAAAUUGCAACGUGAUGUAUUUGUGGUCUUGUAAUUAUUUUGUUACCCUUGUUAUGUAGUUACUAAUAAUGUUCUAUAACAUGGUUUAUUCGGGGUUUAUGUGCCCAUUUUAUAUUUA